AUGGGCAUCAUCAAGACAGGCAUCCAAGCCGGCGUGGCCUACGCCGCCGUGAACAAGAUCACCAAGACGAUGGAGGCGACCGCGCAGGCCAAGCACGGCAAGCAGACGCCCCCGCACCCGCCGUGCAACUGCCCGCACUGCCCGUAUUCCGAGCAGAGCGUGUACGGCACCGGCGCGCCGGCCUACGGCCAGCAGGGCCAGACUCUCCCGCCCCCACCACCGCAGCAGCAGGCCCUCGCGCCGCCUCCGACGACGGCGUACGGCAACGCUGCGCCCCCGCCUGCGCCUUAUGGCGGCCGCUCGGCGUCCCCCCCGCCGCCCACGGCGUACGGCGGCGGCGGCGGUGCUAGCCCCCAGACCCGCGCGCUUGCCGACCCCGCGCCGCCUUAUGACCCGCGCGCCGACGUGCAGGCGCUCUUUGCUUCCGCGUUCGAGAAGCGCCGCCGCUAG